CUUUGAUUCUUUCAUCUAUCAAGUGAUCAAUUCUCAUCAUGGAUGCAGCUACUUUACUUUCCAAUACCCUUUCAUCUGAUCCAGAACUUCGAUCAAGCGCUACUAAUCAACUCGAGACAGCUUCUAGAGAACACUUUGCUCCUUAUCUUGAUUCACUCUUAACCGUCCUGAGCACUACAGAACAACAACCUCAUAUUCGAAAUGCUGCAGGUUUGGCGAUCAAGAAUGCUUUGAGCUCACGUGAAUCGGUUCGAGUGGAAGAAUUGAGUGAACGUUGGAGAUCGAUGGCUGAGGAGUCUCGUCAAAAGAUUAAAGAUGAACUGAUCAGAUUGUUAGGUGAUGAACAAAGAGCUGUUAGACAAGUUUCAGGUCAAACUAUUGCGGCUGUAGGAGCUGUGGAACUUCCUUUGGGUCUAUGGCCUGGUCUCAUUGGACAAUUACUUCAAAUCAUCAAUAAUCAAGCUAAUGGAGUACCAUUACGUCAAGCUACUCUACAAGCUAUCGGUUAUCUUUGUGAAAGUACUUCACCCGAGGUCUUGGCUUCUCAAUCCAAUGAGAUCCUCACUGCUGUUGUUUCUGGUGUAAGAAAGGAAGAACCGAGUCCAGAGGUACAGUUGGCUGCCGUCAGCGCUCUGUUGAACUCGCUGGAAUUUGUGAGGGAUAAUUUUGAACGCGAGGGUGAGAGAAAUUACAUUAUGCAAGUAGUGUGCGAAGCCACACAAUCUCCUACUCCUGACGUUCAGGUAGGUGCAUUUGCAUGUCUUGUCAAGAUCAUGCAAUUGUACUAUGAUAAGAUGAGAUUUUACAUGGAAAGGGCCCUCUUUGGCCUCACUGUACUCGGUAUGAAACACACCGACGAUCGCGUAGUCCUUCAAGCUGUUGAAUUUUGGUCAACGGUCUGUGACGAAGAAAUCGAACUACAAAUCGAAGCAGAAGAAGCCUUGGAGUAUUCAGAACCUCCUGAACGCGAAUCUCAACACUUUGCCAAAGUGGCUUUACCUGAGAUCUUACCUGUCUUGCUUCAAUUGCUCACUAAACAGAGUGAGGAUGCCGAUGAAGACGAGUGGAACGUCAGUAUGGCUGCUGGUACUUCUUUGGCUCUCUUGGCACAGACCGUAGGGGACGCGAUCGUCACACCAGUGAUUCCGUUUGUUGAGAACAAUAUCAAAUCUACUGAUUGGCAUCAACGGGAUGCUGCUGUCAUGGCAUUCGGUUCGAUCCUUGACGGACCGGAUCCUAAAGUUCUUGACCCCUUGGUCUCACAAGCCUUACCGACUUUGAUCGAAAUGAUGCGCGAUCCAUCUCUUCAUGUUAAAGAUACUGCUGCUUGGACUUUAGGACGAGUGACAGAUCAAUUGGUCUCUACAAUCAAACCUGAUAUUCACUUGGAACCUUUGAUCACGAUGUUGAUUGGUGGAUUAAGUGAUAACGCUCGAAUUGUUGGUAAUUGCUGCUGGGGUCUGAUGAACCUUUCAGAGCAACUUGGUGACCCUACAAAACCUACUUCGGUCUUGAGUCGAUUUUACGAAGGUAUCGCUAAAGCUAUCCUUACCUUUUCCGAAGGAGUUGCGGAUGAACCCACUGCGAGAACCUCAGCCUACGAAGCGCUUGGCACGCUUAUCAAAUUUGCUCCAGGAGAUGCUCUUCCUGUAGUCUCAAGCACCUUGGUUGUGAUCCUUGAACGCUCCGAGCGUCUUCUUGGCAUGCAAGGCCAGCUGGUUGGAGAUGACGAUCGUCGCAACUAUGCUGAUUUACAAGUCGCCUUUUGUGCAGUCUUGACUAACGCUGUCCGUCGAAUGGGUAAAGAGGUCAAACCGAUGGCCGAUAGGACUAUGACUUUGAUUUUACGACUUAUUCAAGGAGCUGGUCAUAAAUCACCCAUUCUCGAUGACGCUUUCCUUGUCGUGGGUGCCAUGACCUUUGCGCUGGAGACAGACUUCUUGCCUUAUCUAUCGGCAUUCAUUCCAUUCCUCGAUGCUGCUCUGAAAUCUCACGAAGAAUAUCCUCUAUGUUGUAUCGGUGUUGGAAUCGUCGGUGAUAUCUGUCGAGGAUUGGGAGAACAAGCUACUCCAUUCGCACAAGGCUUUAUGGAACUUCUUUUACAAGAUCUACAGAGUACAGUCUUACAUCGAAGUGUCAAACCACCUAUCUUAUCUUGCUUUGGUGAUAUCGCAUUGGCAAUCGGUGGUAACUUUGAACCGUUUUUGGAUACGACUAUUGGGGUACUUCAACAAGCUGGAGCAAUGCGUGCAGAUCCUAACAAUUAUGAUCUGGUUGAUUACAUUAAUCAAUUGAGGGAAGGUAUCUUGGAGGCUUAUGCUGGUAUUCUAGCUGGAAUGAAGUCGGCUAAUAAAGCAGAGCUAUUGUUACCACACACCACUACGAUUUGUAGUUUUGUUCAUAUUGUAGUCACUGAUCAGGAUAAGACUGAGGAAUUGUUGAAAGGAGCAUUAGGAGUGAUUGGAGAUUUAGCGGAAAUGUAUCCGAAUGGACAGCUUAAAGCUUUGUUAGACCAAAGAUGGGUUGCUGAUGCUCUGAAGAAUGGAAGGACUAGGAUUGGAGGUUCAGAAACCAAGAAGCUUGCCAAGUGGGCCAAAGAAGUAAGUGGAUUUGUCUUAUCUGAACAUUCAAGUUUUUUAGCUGAUCAGCCAUUAACUUCUUAG